CAGCGCCGAACAGCCAAGAUGGCGGAUUAUUCAAAGGAAAAGGUGCCCGAUCUGAAGAAGCUCCUACAAGAGCGUGGCCUCGUUAUCUCGGGGAAUAAGGCAGACCUCAUUGCGAGACUGCAGGAGGAUGAUAGCAAAAAGUCUGGUGGCGGCGCUGCAGGCGAAGAUGAGAUCGACUGGGACGAAGACGACAAGGCCACCACCGAACCCGCAGCAGCGGCCGUCGCAGCAGGCGGCCAAGGCGCCGUGCCAAACCCCACCGCGGUCCCGAACCAAAUCGUCGAUACCGAGCCCUCUACAACCAGCGACCUGAAAGCCACUCAACCCGCCCCCACAUCUGCAGAGCCCGCUACAACUACAACCGCCGAAGGCGAAGCUGCCACCGAAGCGGCACCCGAAGAACCCAAGCCCGAUUUCAGCAUUGGGUUGAAGGAAUCCGAUGCCUUAACGGAAGCCGAGAAGCGAGCUGCAAGAGCGAAGAGAUUUGGGAUUCCCGCGAAUGAGGAGGCGAAGAAACUAGCUGAGCGCGCGAAGAAGUUUGGGUUGGCGGAUAAGGAGGGUGUUGUCAAGGGGCUGGAUAGCGCGUUGCCUGAGCGGAAGGCGAAGAGGGGACGGGAAGGUAGAGAGGGGGCAGAGGGGAGGGCGGCUAAGAGACAGACGCCUGAUCGGAGGACGGGCCCGAAACCGAGGGGAAAGGGUGAGGGCGGUAAGGGAGAGGGGAAGAAGGAGGGUGGUGGAGGAGGGGAGGGAAAGGGGCCAAGUCGGAAGAUUGCUGAUGAUCCGGUCGAGAGGGCGAAGAUGGAGGCGAGGGCUAAGAAGUUUGGGAAACCUUUGGCCGCAUAA